AUGUGGUACCCUACUACUGGAGAAACAGCACCCAGGAGUAUCUUCCAGAGAGUCCUGGGUAUCUUAAAGAAAUCAUCUCACGAUAUUGAACUGGCCUGCAGAGACCCAUCCCAAACAGAGCAUCUGGCUUCCAGCUUGCAGUUAAUAACAGAAUGUUUCCGGUGUCUCCGCAAUGCGUGCGUUGAGUGUUCUCUGAACCAGGAUUCCAUCAGGAACUUGGAUACAAUUAGUGUUGCUGUUGACUUGCUGCUGCUUUUUCGUGAACUGCAAACGGAACAGGAAUCUUUGCUGACAGCCUUCCGCUGCGGCCUCCAGUUCUUAGGCAACGUCGCCUCACGAAACGAAGAGUCCCAGACUGUGGUGUGGGCACAUGCUUUCCCAGAACUCUUUUUUACUUGCUUGAAUCAUCAUGACAAAAAGAUUGUUGCCUACUCUGCAAUGAUUAUGUUCACAACGCUUAAUCUUGAGAGAAUGACGGAGCUGCGGGAAAACCUCAACGUCGCCAUUGGUGUCCUGGAAGCCCACCAGACGCAGCCCGAGUCGGAAUGGCCGUUUUUGGUCAUUACGGACCAUUUUCUGAAGAGCCCGGAAUUGGUGAAAGCCAUGUAUGCCAAACUGAGCAAUCAAGAAAGGGUGACAUUUCUAGACCUCAUGAUAACCAAAAUCGUGGGUGAAGACCCACUGACUAAGGACGACAUCCCUGUGUUCUUGAGCCACGCGGAGCUGGUUGCGGGCGCGUUCGUGGACGAUUGCAGAAAUGUGCUGAAGUUGACCUCAGAGCAUCACAGCGAGGAUGAGGAGGUUCUGGCGAUAAUUCGGCUUCUUGAUGUCCUUUGUGAAAUGACUGCUAACAGUGACCUCCUCACCUAUCUGCAGGGCUUUCCUGGCUUGCUGGAAAGAGUCAUUGAUCUUUUACGACUGGUUCAGGUGGCUGGAAAAGACACUGCAAAUCUUUUUGCCACCACUGGUUGUAUCAGAGCAGAAAGUGAUGUCUCAAGUGUGGCCGAUGGGUUUAAGUCUCAUCUCAUUCGCUUGAUUGGAAAUCUGUGUUACAAGAAUAAAGAGAACCAAGACAAGGUGAACGAACUGGACGGAAUCCCGCUGAUCCUGGACAACUGCAGCAUUGAUGACAGUAACCCCUUCCUCACCCAGUGGGUGGUGUACGCGGUGCGGAACCUCACAGAGGGCAACAGCCAGAACCAGGACCUGAUCGCAAAGAUGGAGGAGCAGGGGCUGGCAGAUGCGUCCGUCCUGAAGAAAAUGGGAUUUGAAGUGGAAAAGCAGGGUGAGAAGCUGAUCCUGAAGUCCACCAGCGAGGCCCCACGCCGACACAAGGAGGCCGCCUGCACCUGA